AAACCCGCUCCUUUUCCCUUCCCCGGACGGUCCGUCUCUUCCGCCGCCCGUUCUGCAUCGUGUUGUCCGCUCCACGACAGAUUGAUCGAUCUCCCUGGACUCUGGUGUCCCAGCGAUAGACAUCCCCCAUCCCCAGAAAUCGUCGCCUAGCUGUAGGCGUCGACGAUUUCUGAUUACGAAAAGCGAGACCAUUCUGCUCGCUUUCCUGGCCAACUCAUAAUCUUAUUUCCCCUUUUUCUCCCCCGUCGCGAAGAUGUUGCUCCCCAAGGGUGGUGUAACGUGGAAGUCUGCCAAAGCACGGCUGCCUCCAUGGCGGGCUGUUCUGUUCCUGGUCACACGGACCCGUUUUCUGGUCUCAUUGGCCAUCACUGGUCUUGUAGUCCUACUAUGGCGUGGCAUCAGCAAGUCAGCGUCGGAGAUGCAGAGCUUCUACUGCUAUGGCCCUUCAAAAUCGCCGAUGGAAAUGAGCAUCAACGAAAUGGUCGAGUGGACCGCGCACACACAGACCCCUGUCCUCUUCAACCAUCACGCUGCCUACGAAGUGAACUCCUCGAGCAUCAAGACCGUCGACCUCAACCCCAUCAAGUCUACCUCCCAGGCCAUCUCGAAUUCUGAGCGGGUGCUCAUCCUCACCCCUCUGAGAGACGCAUCCGAACAUCUGGUCAACUACUUCGAUCUCCUCUACAAGCUGACGUACCCUCACAACCUCAUUGACCUGGCUUUCCUCGUUGGUGAUUGCAGUGACGACACCAUGGCUGUUCUUACCGCCGAGCUGUCCCGGAUCCAGGACCAGGUGGAUGAGAAGAUUGCUUUCCGUAGCGCGACAAUUGUGCAGAAGGACUUUGGGGCUGAUGUCGAGAUGAACGUCGAGGACAGGCACUCCUUUGCUGCUCAAGGCCCGCGUCGCAAGGCUAUCGGUCGCGCCCGCAACUACCUGCUCUACUCGGCUCUCAAGCCUGAUCACUCUUGGGUCUACUGGAGAGAUGUUGACAUCUUCGACAGCCCUGAUAGCAUCAUUGAAGAUUUCAUUGCUCACGACAGGGAUAUACUGGUUCCAAACAUCUGGUUCCAUCGCUACCGGGAUGGUGUUGAUGUCGAAGGUCGAUUUGACUACAACUCGUGGAUCGAAUCGGACAAGGGACGCCGGCUUCGGCAGACUCUUGACCCGGAUACUGUUCUGGCUGAAGGCUACAAGGAAUACGACACUGGCCGGACUUACCUGGUUGGCAUGGGUGACUGGAGAAAGAACAAGGAUGAGGAAGUUGAGCUCGACGGUAUCGGCGGUGUCAACAUCCUCGUGAAGGCUGAUGUUCACCGGACUGGCAUCAACUUCCCGGCCUACGCUUUCGAGAAUCAGGCUGAAACCGAGGGAUUCGCCCGCAUGGCCAAGCGUGCUGGUUACCAGGUGUACGGUCUUCCGAACUAUGUCGUCUGGCACAUUGACACGGAUGAGAAGCCUGGCAACCUCGGAGGCCGCAAGGCAUACUAGCUGCAUUCCUGAGUUGAUUCUCAUUUCCCCGCAGUUUGAGUGGUACACCUACUGCCACAUCUCAUCCUUUGACGCCUGAAUACCCCGUUCCCGUGUACAUCCGAGCCCUUGCAGCGGUUCUUUGCAUGGAGGCUUUCCUCUUAACGCUUUUAUUGAAUCCUUUUUCUUCAAUUUUUUCCUUUUUAUCUUUCGU